AUGAAUACGGAUACAUGUUAUCGUAUUAUUGGUGAUAUAAUCAUAAAAAAUAAAUCAUUAGCGAUAGAUGAAAUAAGAAAAAAUAAAACAGUUGAUAUAUCUUAUGGAAAUAGAAAAGCAACAAAUUUUAAUAAGAUUGCUAUCAUUCAAACACUUCAACCACUUACAUCUAAAACACCAUAUUUUGUUAUCAAAGUUCAAAGAUAUGAUCCAAAUGCAAUAUUAUCUAUUGGUAUUGCACCUUUAGAUAUUGAUAAACAUUCAGGAUUAUAUAAUAAUUCUCUUGGUUAUCAUAGUCAUACAGGACGAAUUUAUACAUCAUGGAAAGCUCAUGCAAAUACACUUGGACGUCCAUAUGGUAAAGAUAAUACAAUAGGAAUUUAUGUUACAUAUUUUGGUGAACAACAUUCAACAGUACUGAUUUUUUAUGAUAAUCUUCCAAUUGCUACAAGAUAUCAUUUUGAAGAAAAUAAAGAACGAUAUUUUCCAACGAUAACAUUUUCAGGUGGACAUAUUGAUGUUUCAGUUCUUUGGCCAAAUGCUAUUGAACAAUUACCUUCUAUUACUGAUAUACCUGUCUGUCAAUGGAUUCGAGCAUCAUCAAGUAGUUAUAAUUCAAAAACAGGAUAUUUUGAAAAUCUUUCAAAAGUACCAGAUUCAUCAAUUCAAUCACCAGUAUCAUUAUGUAAAUCAUUUUCUUAUUUUAUUGUUACACAAGAAGAAGUUUCAUCUCUUGAUGGCAAAGGUGCAAGUGUUGGAUUAGCUACAUUUUCUCCAUUAAAACCAACAACAACAUAUUCAUUAAUGAAAGAUUUUUAUACAUGGUUUCCUAAAAUAAAAAGUAACUCAUUUUGUUUGAAAAAACACUUUUGA